AUGGCCGGCAGAACUCAAGCCAUCCUCGAAGCUAUCAUCUGGUUCUGCUCUUGGCCCCACGACCUUUGGUGUCAUCUCUUCAGUGUGACCCGACGUUUCGUGCUUCGGAACUUUGACCGCCCACUGUAUUACAUUUGUCGAAAAGUCUAUGGCUCCUUUGGGCCGCAGGUCUAUCGCUUCAGCCCUUGGACUGUGGUGAAGACAAGUAAUCUGCCUGACGAACUUGAGGUCAAGACGAUGCUCUACGUUGCUAAAAACACCACUAUUCCUAUCCCUUACAUUCAAGAUCAUUGGGCUGAUAACCGGAAGACUCACAUCGCACUCCAACUUCGUGGCUAUCUUGAACAGUUACGCUCCCUCCGUCCACCCCCUCAUCUCAUUGGACAGAUAGCAGCCAUCACCGGAGGGAGACGAUACGACCCGUUAAUCUCUCACUCCUUCUUCAACUCAUUCCAGUCCGAAGCGUCUUUGAACGACUUCUUUCUGGACCGGUUCUCUCAUAUGAUGGGUCACCAUCGAAUUGUAUUCACUCAUGCCGACCUUGUUCGUCGGAACAUCAUAAUUGGAGCCAACGAUGAUGUCGUGGCCAUAUUGGACUGGGCAAUGGCCGCCUUCAUGCCGGAACAGUGGGAAUAUCUAAAGACGUUGUGGGUAGAUCAAUACGAAGAUGGCGGAUGGAAGGAGUUUGUCUCGCAGUUCUUGGACACCUACUCCAAAGAGUUGGAUCUCCAAAAUGAAAUGCGAGAACAAUAUGGGUGGGGACCGUGGUGA